AUAGUAGAUAAAUACUACUUUAAUUUGAUUAAAUCUAUAUAUAAAAAAAUACACUCCACUAUUAUUUACAUUUAAAUAAAUCUAUUAAUACUUUAAUUUUUAUUAUAAAUAAAUAAAUUACAAAUUGCGCCUCACGACACCUGCCAAAGUUCUUCAUAUAUUGUCCAACCAAAUAUUCAAUAUAAUUAUAAUAUUUAAAUUAUUAUCUAUUCGAAGAUUUUGAGAUCAAUCAACAGCAAACUCAUUAAUUAUUUAUGGAAUAGGUCAACCUUAAUUCAGGACCGUCCAAAAUUAAUUAACAUAUUAGUCAUAUUUUGAUUUAAAAAUAAUUGAUAAACAGGACCGUCCAAAAUUAAUAAAACCACAUAUAUUCCAUAAUUAAAACUAUAUAUACUGUAAAAUAUUCAAAAUUUUUAUAAAAAUUUACUUAUAUUCUUAAAUAAUUAGUGUUAGCUAGAAAAAAAAAAAAACUAAAAAUCUUCUUGAAUACUAAAAUAAACAAGAAAUGUAUCGAAACAAUUUAAAGGGGGUGUAAGUUAUUUCUGAUAAUUAAUUAAGUAUACCUUUUAACAAUUAUCUUUAUAUAUAUACAUAUUAAUAAAAUAAUAGUCUAUAUAUGCUAUGCCAUGGUGUUUUGCACGCAGUAUAGCAAUUCUCAUAUACAUAUACAAUAAUAGUAAUAUAAUAAAUUCAUAGUCAAACAACUUGAGGGUAUAAUACAAGUAUAUAUAAACAUCAUGUUACGAAAUGUGAUACGUACACAAAAAACUAGCUAGCUAAGAAUAAUUAUGACUAGUAAUAGUAGUAGUAGUAGUGGUACAACAUGGUUGGUUUGGCUAAGUAUUGUGAUAUGUUCAUUAAGACUAACACAAUACAACUCCUGUGUUGCUGUGUUUUUGAGCAUCGAUUGCGGUGGCUCACAGACCAUAAAAACAACAAACUCCAUAACUUGGGUGCCAGAUGAUGACUACAUCCGCACCGGCGUCUCCAGAGAGACCAAAUUCGGAAGCUUAGAUGGAUCCGUUCUCACAACAUCUUUAAGAUCUUUCCCAACACUCGACAAGAACUGCUACAACAUCAACCUCGACGAAGAUGAUCACGAAGACCAACGAAUUUUGGUGCGUGCAACAUUUUUCUAUGGAGAUUACGAUGGGAUGGACUCUCCUCCCACUUUUGACAUCUACUUCGAUGGCAACUUUUGGGCUACGGUUAACAUGUCUCUAAAUUCAAAUCUGCAUGUGGGUUAUGAGGUGAUGUAUUUUCCCAAGUCUAAGAUGACUAAUAUAUGUCUUGUUCGAACGUAUUCAGAUCAGAAUCCUUUCAUAAAUACGCUUGCAAUCCGAAGCUUAGAUGCGACUAUGUACAGCCGUGUUGACCCAAAGUAUGCAAUGCUUAUGGUUCAGAGAUAUACUUAUUCGGGAUCAAAUACUGAUGCUAUAAGGUACCCGGAUGAUGGUUAUGAUCGAACUUGGUAUCCUGCACGAGGUGUAGGAUUAAUAACAGUUUCAAAUGAAGCAUCAUCCAUUGAUGUUAGCAGUGCAGAAGAUAAGCCACCAGAAAUUGUGUUCAAAACUGCUGCCACUUUCAACCAAACUACUAGUACUAGUAGCUCUACUACUACUACUACUACUAUGCAACUAUACACUACCGGUUUGACAGCCACCAAAGUUGGGAUUUACAUGACAAUUUACUUUUCUGAGGUCACAUUACUGCCCUCUACACAAAAGAGGUCGUUUCAAGUGUUCAUAGAUGGAGAGGCUUAUUCCAAACCCAUAAUCCCACCUUUUGGGAGCUCUGUCCAAGUUUAUAUUGCCAACAUCACUGCUUCUUAUGAUACUUUGAUCGAGUUACGUCCAACCCCUGACUCCACACUUCUUCCACUUAUCAAUGCCAAUGAACUUUACACUCUCUCCCAGGUUUCAACACUCCAAACCCACCCAAACGAUGGUGAAGGGUUAGCAACACUACAAAAUCAAUUUGAAGUACUACAGAUGUGGAGUGGUGACCCAUGUCUUCCUACAAAAUACACGUGGGAAUGGGUUACGUGUUCUUCUGAUUCAAUUCCACGUGUAACAGCACUGAAUCUAAGUGGCUACGGUUUAUUUGGUUCACUUCCAGAUUUUAGCUCCAUGGAUGCCCUUGUCUCAAUAGAUUUGCACAACAAUACCAUAUAUGGUCCUAUUCUUUAUUUUCUUGGCGACCUUCCAAAAUUAACGUUAUUGGAUUUGUCGGAAAAUAAAUUCAAUGGAUCAGUACCCUCAACUUUAUCCAACAAUAAGAAGUUGAAGUUAAUGGUAACUGAAAAUUGCCUUACCGGAAUGUCUUGCCCACUUCCAUUGGUAGCGCCGCCACCGCCACCGCUGUCUACAGAAAAGACAAACUCACCACCGGGAUUGGAUAGCUUUUUCUUUCAACCACCAUCGUCGGGAUUUGAUUUCGGAUAUGGCUUUGAUAAUGGCAGCACCAAUAACUUGGCAAAUAUGAUAUUAGCAGCCAUAGUUCAAGUCUUUUUACUUGCUUUCAUCUUCUUUGCCUAGCUUCUAAUUACAUACCUACUUGUUUUUUUUUUUUUUCACAUUCUUACAAUUUUGUGAUGAUGUGUUAUCUUAUUUGCCCCUUCCUCUCGCAUAGAAAACAUUAAUUAAGUUUGGUUUUCAGUAUUAAAUUAAACAGAAAAUGUGGCAAUAAAGAGAUAUUUGAUUUGAAUAAAUUUCACAUGCGAAUUAUAUUGUUCAUUUUUGGAUUAUGAUUCUAUAAAA